UCAGUUUAACUGUAUGGUUUAAUGCGGUUGGUGAGUGGUUCUAGAGCACUACCUACCCAGUACGUAGUCAAUGAUUACAGUCACACAGUGUGAGAGGGAGCAUGCUGACUGAUUACACUUGAUUAAGGAUUAUCAUCGGAUCAAUUUAAAACCUUCAUCAGGAAUUGUUGUUUUGUUCUUCCGUUGGUUGGAGAGAGGAAGCAGUGAGUAUGUCAACCUAGUAGUUAGUGGUUUAGUGUCUGGUGAAGCUUGCUUGUUUACAUCAAUCAAUCAAGGUCUCUACAUACAUGCAGGUGUAUUGGUUAUCUAGAGACACAGACAGGUGAUUUGAUGAUAUUCAGACAUUACUAUCAGAUAAAGCUAGCACUAAACAUUGCUUGUUGUGUAAUGCUGGUGGAAGGAGACCCUGGACCAUCCUGGACCAUCCUGGACGGACCAUCCUGGACUAAUGAAGGAACAAACUGAAGGUUCUUCUGCCACUUUCUCCCUUGCCUAUAAAUAACUCCCCAGUAACAGUAUUAGGAUCUGGACUUAAUGAUUAGAGAAACAAACAAGGACAAGACUUGGAUUGGAAUGGAAGUGUGAAGUUGGUGUCUUGAGAAAAGGACGUGUGUAAUCAGUUACAGCAGCGUAUAGACAGAGAAUACUGACCAGCGUAUGUGGAUCAAUCACAUCAACUCUGCAUGUUGCAGGUAGUUGCCUUGCUCGCAUAGGAAAGAUUAAUACCAUUUGAAUAAAUACAAAUCAGUCAGUGCUGAGAGUGACCGGAGAUUGAACGAUGGUUUAAAACUAAAGCUGUCAUCAGCUGACUGUGUUCUUGAUAUAACAAUCGUGGGAGUCAAUUCUGAACUUGUAGUUGGAGUUUGGUAGGUUGUUAUUGUUUCACCUUUGACCUGGUGGACUUGGGACUGCCCCAUAUGGUUCAUUAAGUCAACAGAGUACGUUCAGUUAUGCAAGCACGUCACCCACGAGUACAGGCUCCUCCGUCCCUACUAGCCAGUACUACUCUUACUCCAGUACCCCUUUAUCAAGUAUGCCAGGCAGUGUUACACCUCCUUCAAGUAACGUUCUUGUAGAUGCUACUAAUAGAUUCUCAGCAGACUCUGCUACAUCUGCUAGUUCUUCUGGUAAUUGGUCUAGUAAUAGAGAGAGUUUAGAUCAGAUGCAAAGUCAGCCAUUGAAACCUAAUUACUACCAUCCAGCCGGCAGUAAUGCAAAUCUUUCACCCCCACCUCCCCCUCCUCCUCAACCCAUGAAUGGCUCCAUACCUUAUGGGAUACCUGAGGAUAGACCGUUUCCUGCAGCACCUCCUGACAUCUACCAACAACCUGGUCACCAUGGUUACUACCCACAAUCCUCCUCACCAGCUAGGAAUAGUUCUGAGAUGUCGGGCCAUCAAUACCAUGAUGGGAGUUUAGUUGGUAGUCCAUCCAGAGGAAUGAGUGGCAGUCCACAUCAUAAUAUACCAUCACCGAACAAUGAACCAGUUUAUCAUCAGCCAAUGUCACCUCAGCAUCCCAUGUCACCACGUCGUUUACAGCAAGAUCUAAGUCAUCAACUAGAGAACGGAGUGUGGAUGAAACGAGGUGGAAGUGGCAAGGUGUACUUAGACAACUCUGGAGAAGAGAGCGGCAUAGAUGUAAGCUCAUCCACUGAAAGCAUGGAAAAAAGGAACUACGGAGGUGGUAUCCUGACUCCUGGGAAUGCUCCCAAUAUACACAUGAAUGUUAACUCCAAACCACUCGGACACUCUCAGCCGUUUCACAGCUUUGAAAACGUCUUGGGAGAUAAGGAUACCUUUAGAGCAUUAGCAGGUCACCAGCGACCUCAUAGUGAUGGUGCAACUGAUAUUAAAAUGGAUAUGAUGAGGCAGUCUGAGAUACAACCUCAUUAUCCCGGCAAGGAUGUAGAUAGAAUUUAUGAAUGGUUGAGACGCCAGCGGAUGCCAGAAUACACAAACAACUUUACCAAGGCUGGUUAUGAUAUGCCAACUAUCGCCAGAAUGACUCCAGAGGAUUUGACUGCUAUCGGAGUAACCAAGCCAGGUCAUAGAAAAAGAAUAUCUGCGAUGAUUGGACAGAUGAGUGAACCUGAUGGGAUUCCAAAUUAUAAACCACAUGAUGUUGUGACAUGGCUGAAGCUACUGGACUUAUUUCAAUAUCAUAACACAUUUAUGAGUAAUAAUUAUAACACCAUGGAGGCUGUAUCUGAGAUAACGUGGGAAGACCUGCAGGAGAUUGGUAUCAAUCAACUUGGUCAUCAGAAGAAGUUCAGCCUUGCCAUCAAGAGAUUACGAGACCUCCAGAAGCAGGCUUCUAGGGUCAUGGCCUCAGCUCAACAAGCUGGUAGUAUAGGAAGUGAUGAUAGCACCUCACCUCACUCAUCUAAUGAUGGAGUCUACCAUCAUCAUCAUCAUCAUCAACAUCAUUCUCAUCAUCCAAACACCUUGAUGCUAAAUACACUAGAACAACAGACAUCACCACUACAAUCACCAGAAAAUACACUCAUCAAAAAGAAGUCUGGACUUCGGAGUAGUCAAGAGAGCUUAGGUAGCAAUGGGAGUAACAAAUCAAGCGGGUCUCAUGGAUCCCAUGAGCAAGGCUACCCUAAGAAGAUAGUUCAUUUGAGGCAGCUUUCUGAAUCUAGAGAAGCAAGUUAUGUUCCUACAGUCACUAACUUAAAGGUGGCUCCUGGUAAACAACCUGAACAUCGCCAAGCUUCACCAGAAGGAGAAACUGCAACAUUACCAAGCAACUAUCAACCCUUCUCAACAUUUAAACAACAACCAGUUUCAACGCCAGGGGGAACUUUUAAGAUUCCUGCUGUGCCCAGGGAAAGAAAAUCUUCUGAAAGCUUGGAGCGAGUAUUAGCCGCUCAAGGAAACAAUGGUGAUUCUGCGAGUAGCACACCAAAAAGAAACUCAGUUGAAGGUGGAUCAAGUAUAGCAUCAAGUGGCUCUGGAGAUGGGUCUGUAAAAAUGAAAAGAGCUAAACCACCAGCUCCCCCAAAGAGGACGAACUCAGUCAGGACCAUGGAUGAGGAACAAUUAAAAACUGCUACAAUUGGCAGAAAGAAAUCACUCAAACAGUUCAGAGAGGAAAUGGCUGCUGGCAAUAUGAGUAAGAAAGUUGAGCUCCCUGAGGGGUUUGCAACGAUUAAACGAUCAUCAUCUCGUAAAGCACCAAUUCUAAACAGGUCAUCAUCCCAGGAUGGAGAUAAUCCUCCAGGAGGUCUUUCUGCAAACUUUGGUCCCCCUCUUGCACCCACAGUACCUCAGGUACAGAGUGUUGUCUCUAACGCAUCAAACCAACAGAGUCAUAGCUCCUUUGGUGUGAACAAACCUGAUGAGGAACUACAACCCCAAGCCACUGUGAAUUAUAAUGCUUAUGGUCUCAGCAACCAACCAGUUGCUCCUGUACAGCAGCAACCACUACAGCAACAACCAAACUCAGUGUCUGGAAAUGGAACACCAAGUCGAAGUGUUUCUGUACCAACCAGUCCGGUUAACAUGCCACAGAAUCCAUCAUGGACCAAUCAAGAGACCCAGGGAUCGAGGGAGCCAGUACCGUCUACACCCUCAGUCUCAAGCCCUCCACCAACCACUCAAAAACCCACCGUCACUAAACCAAAUGCUGCACUCAUAGCUGAAAUGCAGAAAUCAAUUGCUUUAAGCAUGUUAACAGGCCCUCCAGCAAACUCACAAAGCACUUUAGAAACCACUUUUCAUUCAUCAGCUUCUGCAUCUGUUGUAACAAACAGUACUGUACAGUCCACGACAGCGACCAAGCAGCUGGCAAACACAAAUAUCCCGUACAAUAUCGCUUCUUCACAAAGACAACCUGAGGAGGAGCAAAGUGUCUUUUCAAAUGAAAUGAGUGAAAACCAUCGACGAUCAUCUGGAGGUACAUUGAAACUCUCACAGACACUGCCUAGGUCCUCCAACAGGCCACCCUCCGUUGAACUGCUCCAAAACACAACCCGGAGACUCUCAUCUGGUGGUUUUAAGCUUGGUAUAGAUGUUGCACAGGAGAAACAAGUCCACAACAGAGUGGCUCAAAGUGAUGUACCCAUGAGAGAAGGCUUCCACAAUAACUCCCAUAGACCUCCUUCUACUGGAAGCACUGGAAGCGGUGGCAGCGGUAGUACUGACAGUAGCUCUAAUAAACCAGACAGAGCAGGUAAUAUGGAACUACUGUGGAGAAGAAUGUCUCAAGAAACAGAUGAGAGUGCUCCGAUCAUUCAGCCUGUUCUUUCAAAACCCCUGGAGGGAAUUUGGCGACCAAAGUCACGCCAUUUUGAGAAUGGAAUUCCAGGACAGACUGAGGACCAGAACCAAGUUGAUUACAACCAAGAGGUAGAAGUCAGUGGCCAGAAGUUACAAACCAAAGCCACAUUCCGCUCUCUUAAGAAGCAGUUCUUGGAUCAGAACGCAACGCCAAUCACUUACCAUACCCUGAAGAGACCACCUAAGAAGCCAGAUCCAAAUUUCUUUGAAGAGGAUUUUAGGCCACGAUCAAAGUCCUUUACAGACAUGGAUGAGUACCACCAGUCACCAGUAGCCAAAAAUGCCCCCGUGGACUUUGAUACUAUAAUGGCCGAUAUGGCAGACCAAAAUGCUCAACCACAACCUGAAGCAGAUGUUGAAAAUAAUCAACCAACUUCAGAACCUUGUCCAGUUUCGAAUGGCUCACCUCAAAAACUCAGAACUCAGAGUUCACCUGUUCGAACACCAGUUCCAAAUGUUGGUGGAAACCAUAAAAAACCUAUUAGCCUUCCUGGACUUGUGUCAACUCACGGUGCUCAAGAUGCUAAUGAAGCAUCGAAUAACACAGUGACAUCGAGUGGCUACAAAGAACAAGGACCUAAGGCACCUUCCCCAAAGGUUGCUCCUAAGCAGGUACCGCCACCUCAAGUUCCCCCUCCCAAGGUUCCCAAACCUAAAAGUCAACCACCUCAAGUUCCUCUACCUCCACCCCAGGUUCCCCAGUUUCAAGCAACUUCCACAGAAGUUGCCCCAGUCAAAGUUUCUUCACAGAAAACCUCCCCCCAGCAGAUGCUACCCCCUAAAGUGUCACCUAAGGUUCCUCGUGUAAAGGCACCGUCUCAGAUCAGCAAUCCUACUAGGUUGGAGAUGAUGCCACCACCUCCUUCUAUUGAGGAUCUACCCCCUCCUCCAAAUGAAGACUUCCCCUUACCACCACCACCACCAUGUCAGGAUUAUGACCUCCCUCCACCUCCUGAUGAGAUGGGUCUACCUCCUCCUCCUCCUCCUCCUUCAAUGCAGACUGCAGCACCAUCUUUCACUCCUCUGUCUUAUAACAACCUUCCUCCACCUCCACCCCCGGUACAACAAGUACCUCAGCAACAGUCAAGGCAAGCAGUUGCUCCUCAGACUGCUCCGAAAUCUAAACCAGGUUCAUCCAGGAAGAAGACAAGAACACCUGUUGUCUCAGAAGGAUGGGAAUCUAACUCAGAUACAAUCAAAAGGAAGCCAAGUCCUUUGACUCCAGUGUCCCCAGAUAAAGCAUCAGAAAGUAUCAGUCAAAUAUCACAACCUCAGCCAAAUGAACACAAACUUAAUCCUAGAGUAUCUAAGGCUCCUGUGAAGGUACCAGAGAAAUCAGUUAAAACCCCAUCAAGGACAGGAAAGAGUCCAGUCAAAGCACCUGCUAAGAAGAAGACGUUGGUUGCACCACCACCUCUAGAUGGCGUAGAUGAUGUUGAUUUUUACUCCCAAGACCUGGACAUGAUGGAUACACUUGGAGGUCAGGAGGACCUUGUAGAAUCAGACAGUAGUGACACCAUGGAGUCUGGACUGACUGGCUUUGAGAAUGAAAACACUGAUACAAUUAAGAAACAGCCAGGGAAGUUAAGUCCAGCUAAGUACAGUGAGGACUUGAACGAUCCAGAGAUUGUUGGGAGGACCUUGAGUAUGGAGAACGCUGCAGCUGAUCAAGAAGCAGAUUUCAUAAGGAGAAGAAAAGACAACACAUCAGCUGCUAUGAAGAAAGACAGGGAUUCCCAAGGUUUCGGUGAAGUUUCUCUCCAGCUAGCAGACAUCUUAAACAGUAUGGGUUCUGAUGAUCCUUUAGCUAAUUUUGCUGCCAAUGCAGAAGCAUCAGCUAAAGCUAGAUUAUCCCCUUCUAAACCAACUCCACCUUCGUCAUAUACUGCGCCAUCAAUUAGCCAAGAAUCAGCUGAACCUAAAGACAUAUUUAAUGACAUUGAGUCCAUGUUCAAUGAUCUCACCUUUGACCUGGAGAACAUGAUGAAUUAACCUUUGACCUGAAUUGAUCCCUAACCGGAGGGAGUAGUAAGUAUUUAUGUCCAGACAUCUUGAUAUAAAAAUUGAUAAUUGGAUUUAGGAUUUAUUUAACGAUCAAAUCUGUCAAAAGUUUUCAGUUUUUUGUUUGUUUUAUUUGUAAAUCAUGUUUCCUGGAACAGUGAGUUUCUCUUACUUUAUCAUGAAAGAAUGUACUUAAAAGGACAUUUUAAAUGUCAACAUUUGAGUUUGUGACAGAACAUGGAAAUAAAUUCCCCUUGCCCUUUGACCUUGUAUGUGUAGAUUAUGGACCUUUCCAAGAAAUAUGCAAAUUGCGGUGUGUACUCUAAGGCUACUGAGGGCAAGUUUAGGGAGAAUCACCUCUUACUGUGAGGGGAUGAUGUUGGCCGAUGCAUUUGCUUUCUGCCUAUUGCAGAACUCAGUGGUGUUUGCUGACCAACAGUAUCAGUAUACAUGAGAGAAUAUAAUAAGCAUAGUUUCAAGAAAAAGCUUAAUUGUAGCAGGACUAGUUCUCUUGCAGGUUUUAUUUACAUCUGAUGGAAUAAUUCACAAUUGAUAACAUCUUAACGGCUCAAAGUGAAUUCAUGCAUGAUAUUAGUAAAAUUUUGAACUUGACAGACACUUUGCAAAAAUGCAUGACCACUUGCUGCACCAAAGAACAACAUAGAGUUUAAUAAACAAAUUGAGAAUUCUUGGCAUUGUAAACAGGAAAGGUCAAGUUGUGCUUGGAAUUAUUAAAGUAUGACUCAACUUGAUUUGUUUUUAAAUUUAUUUUUUAUUUUCAUUCUUAAUGCCUAGAGUAAAGUCACAAAUAUAUUCCUUUUUAGAAUAUGCAAAUUAAUAUACUAAGCAAUAUCUCAUUUACCUUGCUAGGUUGUAACUGUCUUGUAUCUUAAGUCCAAUCGUCUUCAGAAUCGUCUUCAUGUUUUCAUUUUUUUGCCAUCUGUGAAUUAAAGAGGAUAACAAUUUACAGUUUGCAGAAAAAUGCCAGAACCUGAACAAAAUGAAUAAAUGAAGCCUCUUUUAUUGAGGAUAGCAUUUAUAAAAAUAAAGUGUUGUCUAAUACUGAUAUGUUUAAUAUGUAAUUAAGAAUUGUAAAAAUGGUCUGGCAAUGUUUUUUUUGUGAUAGUCGGAUAAUUAUUUCUUAAUAUUGUAAGGCUGUAUAAAUACAUUUCUCAAAGAAAAAUUUUUAUUUUUGGGUCCAAAAUAUUUAUAAAAAUGAAACUAUGUAGUAAUUUUGUUUUCAGUGUAAACAGUUAACUAGUGAAAAAGAGUUUGUUUUACUUUAUUUGUGUUCACUGCCAACUUUCUGAUUUCUUCUUCCUUCAGUGUGACUGUAAUUGACUGUAAAUGACUGUAAUUGACCUUAGCAAUUAUGUCUAUGCAUGAAUAACAUAAUAUGAUGGGCUUAGUUGACUUUUCUUUUAUUAGUAAUUGGAAAAAAAAUGUGGGUGUUUUUUGCUGGUUGUCCCUCGUUCCAGACACAAUGGUUAAAUGCUUUCAGUUUAUUGAUGUAUGCUUACAGUCGAUAUAAUGUUGAUAUAUUGUUAUUGAUCUAGUCAUUAUGCUGGCUUUUUAAUGCAUUGGGGAUAUAAAGCAUCAUAACACAGCAGUCUGUAUCUAUUACAGACUGAUUUGUCAAUAGAACUCAACUAGUUCUGAUUUAAUGUUACAAUAUUAAACUGAUCUCAUGUCUUCAAUACAAUCUCCUCUUAGUUCAUUCAAAAUGACUGUAUGAGGAAUUGUUUGCUUGAAUAGUCCAAGUUAUUCCAGCACAGCAGGUUGUUCUUAGGUUUCAGUUAAUCAUUCAUCGGAAACAAGUUGCAAACUCUUACCUGUGAAUGCUUUGAAUGCCAAUGGUUUCCCAGUCUGGUGUGACUGCAUGUUGAUAUGAAUAUUGUGACAUACCAAUAAGUCAUUCUUCGAAAUCAUCUGGCACUCUAAACCAACCUGCUGUAAGUGCUAAUUGAUGAAGGACUUUAAUCAUGUGGCAUAUUGGAUUGUUUCAUAUCAGAAAAUCUUAACUUCAUUUACUUCUACAAGUCGAGAAGUCUUGAAUUAAUUUGGAGGCAGAGUUUGUGACAUGAUGAAUAAUUGACAGAUAAUCUUGAUUAAUGGUAAACCAAAUUAUUGUUGAAGUUUAGAGUUGUGUUUUGCUCGGUCUUUCCCGGGCCUAUAUUCUAUCUUAGCCCGUGUGAAGGCAUUGUGAUAUUUAUUCUGAUGUGUUUUAUUUGCAUGUUGAAGUCUACAAUACUGCACUGACUUCCAUAGGCUGAAGUUACGUCUGUGCUGCUGUAACUUACAAAGCUAGUGGAGUCCAUUUUGCUACGUAGUCAUUGGUAUAUCGUGACUGUUGUUUUAAGGCAGUGGACACUAUUGGCAAUCGCUCAAAAUAAUUAUUAGCAUUAAACCUCACUUGGUAUUAAAGAGU